AUGAUGCUCUCCGCUCUGCUGCACGUGGCGCUGCCGCUCACGCUCUGCGCUCUGUUGACGUGUUGCCGGGUUUUUGAUGAAGUUGCGGUGGAUCUGUCGUACGAUCACUAUGCGGAGCGACGUGUGGACCACUUUCCAGGCUUCCUCGCGAUGCCCUGCAACUGUCUUGUCAACCUGCUGUACGCCCUCACGGGUCUUUAUUGGCUACUGCGUCACACCGACGUCAGAGAGCCAGAGCAGGGCCGAUACCUGCGUCAGGUGUUUGCCUUCAUGUCUAUCCUGUACGCGCCUGUGCAGUGGGCGCGUCUGGCAGUGCUACGGCGCGCUCCCGCGGUGCUGGAUCAAUGGGUUACGUUGCCGAUCUUCGCCUGGGUUCUGGUCUGGAUCGGCUUCAUCGAGCGCGGGCCCAGGGGUUGGCACGCGCGGCAUGCGGCGGCGCUUGAGCUGUUGUCUGUUCUCAGCUACGGCCUGGCGUUGCUGCACACGCGCGGCUUCGAGUUGGCACUGGGCGGUCACGUGCUCAUGGCUGUGUUUAAAGGCUUGCGCGUGCAGAUCACGCACGGGGACGAGCGCACGCGGCGAUAUCUUCUGUUGGCGGUCUUAUCCUGCUGCGGGUUCGUGGUCCUCAAGCUGUUGGACCUCGAGCUGGCCCAGUACCGGCUCUUCCAGAGACUCACUGGACACUUUUGGUCCAAAGUCUGUGACGCCCUACAGAUUCACUUCAGCAUGUGCUUCCUGACAGAGCUGACUGCCAGAACCCGGUCCAGCAAGACUGGAUCACAGAGGGACUGA